UAAGCCGUUAAAUUGGCUCGUCCGCAUUGCCUUUUCCCCCCACAUCAAAUUUAGGAAAUAAAAGUAAAGAAGGGGAAAAGAAAAGAGAGACAGAAGGAAAAAAAAAAGAGAGCAAGGAGCCGACGCUUCGCAUCCAGAUAGGGGAGGCCGUCCGAACGAGUCGACGGAUCCGGGCAGGGACUCGGGGCUUGGUCAGACAAGCGCUAAUAUUAGAUCUACUUACGGCUUAAUUCUCAGAGCGGCUGGGAGCCACAUAGCCAUCCGCCAUGCAGAAAUCAGCUGCCACGACACCGACGCAUAAUGCGACUCCUUUCUUCUCUACCAACAUCUGGGGCACCGGCAGCAGCAGCAGCGGCACCAACGGCGCUUCCGCCCACUCCCAGUCGCAGCAGACUAGCGGUGCGAGCACCACCACCACCACCACCACCACCACCAGAUCGCGGCCCGGCACCAGUUCUGGCGACCGCGAGAGGGAGAAGGACCGGGACCCCAACGUCCUCGUCAAAGACCGCGAGCGCAAGGCCUCUCUAGGCCGCCGGCCCUCCUUCUCCUCCCCUUCCAAGGGCAAGCAGCGUGGCAGUUCGGCCAAUGCCGGCUCGGCGUCUGCCAGCCAGAUCAAGACAGACGCUGCUGUACCUCCCGCGAUCCCUCCGGACUUCGCCCUGGCUGCCGCCGCCAAGCUGUCGAGGGAGGCCGAGGGCGUCCCGACGCCCGCCUCCGCCGACUCUUUCUCCAGGAUAAUGGGCCGCGCCGCGCCGACGCCGACGCCGACCAAUGGCUUCUACGCAGGUAUCGCGACCUCGCCGCCUCCGCUUCAGCACCACGAGAUGCCCUCGCUCCACCAGCACAUACAAGAGGUCGCCAACAAGAGGAUAUCGACCUUGGAUUACCUGCGCAAAGCCCACGAGGGCCGAGUCUACUGGUUCAACACGCUCCUUUUUGACAAGCCCGACCUAGCGCGCAUGCCCUACUUCGACAGCCGCAAGCUCGCCUACCGCGCCACUAACUAUCUCCUCCUCGGCCUCUCCCUACCCGCCGUCAUCGACCUAAAUUCCGCCACCCCCCUCGACUUCCUCCGCUCCCUCAACACCCUUCUCGCCGAGUUCGAAGCUUACCAGCAGAUCCACACCGAGAACGGCGUGAACACGAGCUCUCUGUCCCGCGCCCGUCUGCCUAACAUGUUCCGCCGGGGUGCUGGGGGUCGGGGUCGGAGACAAUCGGGCGCGACCGAGCUAUACACGGAUGCGUCGAACGGCGGCCUGGCUAGCGGCUCGGCAGUCAACUCGGUGCCUACGAGCGUCAUCAAUUUCGGCCUGGGCGGCGAGGGCAGCGAUCUCCUACCGGGGGAGGAGUACACGCACCUGCUGACGCCGAACCUCCCUUUCGACCCGGAUUUUUUCGAGACCUUCGCGACGCUCUGCGACGCCCUGAUAGAUUGCUAUUCCCGGCUGAUGACGCUCCUCCCCGCGGCCAAGGACUGCACGCCCCUCAUUAUGGAGCUGUUCACCAAGGCCGACGCCAAAGUACGCAAGAUCAUCAUCCAGGGCGUCGUCAAGGAGUUUGAAGACUCGAGCCGGACCGGCCUGAGGCAAGAAGUGGCGAACAUCGGGAAGGUGGUCCUGGGCGGUUUAGUAUGACGACAUGCCCAGUUAUAUGGAUGUGUGCAUUUGAUGGGCGUGACUCGGGGUAUUUCGGCGCUUCUUCAGGAUUGCUUCAGUAUACCAUUACGGCAUGAGUAGCACGAGCAUUAUAGCGCUGCAGGCUCUAUUUAUCUUAUCGUUGUUUUAUUUACAGGGGAGAGCGGGAGGGCGCAAAGCGUACAUACGACGCUGGACGGCA